CUCCCUUUCUCCCUUGCUCGUCACCCAUCCUCUCUUUUCCUGGCAGUCGGAACAACACUCCAGCUGUCAUGUAGAUUUGCAGUUCGGGCCGCGUAAUAACCGUCCUGAUUCGGCUUGCGUGCUGCAAGUCUCGCGUCGUAUUGACUACGAUCUUCGUCAACGCCUCGUCUCACCAAAUGACCUUGUGAUUGUCUGUAUUUCUGGCGGCGGAUCAGCGUUACUAUGUCUGCCGAGGAGAUGCUGUUCCAGUGAACCUACGACAGCAGAAAAAAAAAUCAGAUUUGCCACAGAAGGAUUGACUAGGGGGAUUCGAGGAACAGCAAUGACUGGGGGGAAGAGAGGAGAAGAAGAGAAAGAACAGAGAGGGGAGUGGGAUGUGCGAGAUGAGGAGUGUGAGAGGUUUGAUGUAAACGAGUUAGUCACCACUGCUGACUUACUCUCCUUUGCUGGUGCCAGUAUCCAUGAGGUUUGCUGCCCGAAAGUUAAAUAA